AUGGAUCCUAGCAAAAUUCAUGACUCUGCUCGUUUCAAAGGUUGCCUGAUAGGGGCGUACAUCGGCGAUUGUGCCGGUGGGUUGUUCAAGCAAGGAAAUCGCGAUAUCCAGCCAAUCGCCUUUCCGACCGUUGUGGAAACAUUGUCCUCCAAGAGUUGCUGGAUGCCAAGUGACGUAUCGUAUUUGAGUGGGGCGGUAGCUCACUCACUCAUUGACUGUCAAAAGUUUAUCGAUACACACGUUGCUCAGAAUCUGGCCGACUGUUAUUUCGAAUUUCCAGAAAGACGAAAGUUUUUCACUACCGUUAAAGAUGUGUUCUUCGCGUGGAAACUCAACGGAAUCCAGCCAAAAACAGUGUAUUUUCCGGCCGCCCAACAAUUCCGUGGAACUGGCUCGUACGGAAACGGUGCCGCUGUUCGAGUGGCACCGUUGGUUCUGCAUAACUAUUAUGAUCUGGAUUCUGCUCUGAAAGACGUGGAUCAGAGUUCUCGUUUGACGCACGGCAAUUUGCUUGCCGUUCGCGGGGCCAAGCUGCAGGCUUGCGCAAUUUUUGAAGCUGUGCAUUUGCAGCAUCCAGACGCUGCUGGCUUUAUUACGGCGCUCAUCAGUUUCUGUGACAGUAUGGAAGUCAAUAAUCAGUUCAAGUUUUACAGUAACCGUUUAAAGAAAGUGCAGAAGUUUUUGGCAGACUAUACGGAACCGCAGGAUGUAGUCAAAGCUCUGGGCAAUGGAAUUAAAGCGUUGGAAACUGUGCCGUUGGCGAUCUAUUGCGCUGUGCGUGCAAUGCCACCAGUUGCCGGGAUUCACACAGAUAAUCCUUUCGAACGAGCGAUUAUUUUGGCUAUCUCGAUGGGCGGAGACACGAACACUAUCGCCAGUAUGGCCGGAGCCAUCACAGGGGCAGGGCUGGGAAAUGAAAGGAUUCCGGUCGUCAUGAAGAUGCCGUGUUACGAUAUUGAGGAACCUGAGGUUUUGGGUUCUGAGCUGGCUAAAGUGUUGCAAGACAGAAUUGAAAAGUCUGUUGCGUUCAAUAAUUCUUGUCCGUAUCGGUCUCAUGAAAAACUUGUUCGCGCUACUUUGUCUUGA